AUGCGCGGUUCGGUCACGUUGCUCCCUUGUUCUACGCGAGAUUUGCUUUUUUCAGUACGGUACCGGAUUAUCUUGGUUAUCCUCAACUAGUGCUGUCUGACGUACCGUAAAUCUGAUUUAUUGCUAUUUCCGUGACGUCACAGCCCGUAUCACAUGCACGUGAUGUUCUAGACAUGCAGGGCAGGAAACAGGAGCAGUGGGCGUGGUUGUAAUGUGAUGUCACAGGUGUGACGUCAGAGUUGUGCUAAUUAGGCCAGUAGAGUGUGUGCUAUUUCAUCCAGUAGUGAUUAUUUACUGUUAGACAAUGGGAGACAUUAGCAAACAGGACAACAAGAACACGCUGAAGAAGACGAAGUUUGACCUGCGCAUCAUUGAGGCGUACCUGAGGAAGGUGCAGGAGGGCCGCAGGCUGCUGGACAUCCCCGUAGAAGAGCUGGAUGAGCACCUCGCCAACUUCAUCUGCACCCACCGCAAGCAGGAUGGCUCCGAAUACGAGCCUGGCACCUUGCGCGGCAUCCUGGGCAGCUUAGACCGACACUUCGAUAAAUCCAAUUACCCUUUUGCCAUCUACAGGUCAAAGGAAACCAAAUUCCUCAAAACUGUGAAAGCCAUGAAAGAAAAGCAGAGUUAUCUCAAGACUAUUGGGAAGGGCAACCAUCCGAACCACGCCGAGCCGCUAUCCGAGAGAGAGAUUGAGCUGCUGUACUCCACUGGCGCCAUCGGCUUGCACAACCCCACUGCACUCUUGCACAUGCUCUUCUUCAAUAUCGGCCUUCACUUCAGCCUCCGCUCCAUGGAGCAGCACAGCUUGAAGUGGGGAGAUAUUCGCCUGAAAGCUGACCCUCAGGGGCGUAAAUACCUGGAGCACACCAAGAAACUGGCUCCUAGCAGGAGCGGAAAGGCUCACCCCACUCACACCAUGAGGAUGCAAAUCUAUGAGAGCCCUGAACAGCAAGACAGGGAUGUGGUUAGGGCUUACCAAAAAUAUGCCUCAGAGAGGCCUGAGAAAAUGAAACAAAAAGAUGCCCCAUUUUACCUGACCCCGCAACCAGACUGCAGACCUGGCUAUGCCAGCUGGUUUAAAAACCUGCCAAUGGGGGAGACCAGGAUCCGGAGCAUAAUGAAGAACUUGAAGAUGGCAGCUGGACUGCCUCCUCAGAAACGUAUUGCUACCCACUGCACAGCGAGGACGACUAGCAGUAGGGCCCGUGAUGGAGGAGGCAAUCCUGGGACUCGCAAGACUAAAAGAGGCAACGUGUGUCUGAACGGAAUGCGGAAAUGUGCAGUGUCUGUACCAGUGAAAGUGGAAGAGAACACACCUGAUGCUGCUCCUUACAGUGACUGCAGCAGCACCAAGCAUACACCUAGCAAGCGAUUUUGUGUCGGCAGCAAGCUCAGUGCCCCCAGGGGCUGCUCUCCAUCACAAAUACAUAAAUGUAAUGUCACGAGCAGCCAGAGUCAUAUCAUUAAGCAGGAGUGGGAUCCAAAGCCUGUUAACUCAGCAGCAGAGGAGAAUAUCGAAGAUAAAAGUUUCCUACAGGGCCCGGUGUCAGUGACGUUCCACGAUGUGGCGGCCUGCUUCUCUGCAGAGGAAUGGAGGCAGCUGAAGGACUGGCAGAAGGAGCUCUACAGGAACGUAAUGCGGGAGAUCCACUCUGCUCUGCAGGCCAUGGGUUACAGUAUUGUCAAUUCUGAUGUUCUGUUGAAGAUUAAAGAUGAAGAAUCUUUCAGAACUGGUCACAAUGAGAUGAGAGCUGCAGCCAGCGAUGCUGCUAUCCCCGUCAGCCCAGACAUCCUGCUGAGGAUCAAGCAAGACGAAGAGACAGACUGGAGGGACAAGCCAGAGCGUGAGGAAGAGCUGAGUGACGGUCUUCCUGUGUUUGAUCCUGACCUUUCCCUGUGGAUAUUUCGCGAGGAUGCUGAGUUCAGUUCUUCAGAAGAAGCAAAAAAGGACCAAACCCUCCCCGGUGACGCAGAUGCUGAAGCUGCGGUCUCCUUUUCCUCAUUGUUCAAGGAGCCAACUGCUGAAAUAUCUGCAUUUUGCAGCCCUAUGUACCCUGAAGGGCCCAGGGCAGGCAAGAGAAAGCGGCGAGCUCCUCAGAGGCACAGCAGUGAGCAGAGACCGGACAGUGAUAAUGAAGACCUCGUAAGGCCCCAGAAGAAGUUCCGUGUGUGUGAGAAACAAGAUGGCAUAGUCAGUGCCCCACAUGAGAAGCUGUACCAGUGCGAUCUGUGUGAUAAGAGCUUCAGUGACCGCUCUAGUCUGCUCAGGACGUCCUUACCCGGAAUGCCCAUGUCCUGCCCUCAAUGUGGUGGGUUGCUCAACCUUCACCCCCUCUACAGCCGGCCGCUCUGUACUGACCUUGAAGGCAGCUUUGCCCAGUUGCCCAGCUUUAGUGACCCACUUGGGGAACCUGUUUAUGCCCAUCCUAUGCAGGGGCCUGUGGGGUGACAUCCUGCAGAGCUUGGCUCCAACUAUAUUUGCACUGGACCUUAUUUAUUUACUAUACUAUGUUAGGAGUUUUGUCACCUUUCUGUCACUUAAGAGGGCUAUUUGCCCAUAUCCACACAUAGGCUGGCAUACUCCUUUCCACCAGUUGGGGAUAAAAUGACACAGAAGCUGUUGUAUAUUAGCCCAUCCUUAUUAUGCUGACCCUUUUGUGGCUCAAUAGUGUUUGAUGGUUUCUUGAAAAUGAUUAAGCUGCACUGUAUAUACUAGCACCAGGCCUUUACUCAUUGGCAUUCCCCACACCACAUUUCUUGCAUGUUGACCUGUCCCAAUUAAAAUGAAGCCAUGGCAGCUACUCUGGGAACAGUCUUCCUAUAAUUCCCAUUCUCCUGUCUCCUGCGGCCUAGUUAAGCAGGGGUGUGAGCAGGCAGACAAGACAGGGGAGUAUCACCCUGUUACAGAUAGGCAGACAGCAUUUGUGCCUUAGCUGCACGUCUUCCCAGAAUCCUCCUCGGCCUAUUAGAGGUGUGAUAGGUCAGUCCUGGGCACCGCAGGGGCGGAGCAGCUUUUGUAUAUGAGCUUUGUUCCAUCCUUACUCAAUGUCAGAAAGGCUGUCAUGGCUUCAGACAAUGGCUUUUAUUGUUUUUAGUAUUAUAUUUUAAUGUCAGGCUUUUAUAGAGAUUAGCUAUUCGCUGGCCUGGGUUUAUUAUUUUCAGAUGAAUUUUCUUCAGUGUGUGCCCUGAAUCUGAUUAUUUGCUUUGUUUGCUUUUUAACCGUUUUAUGUUACAAAAUAGUAUUUUUAUUUCAGAUUAACACUUGGGAUGUAAUUGCUCUGAGCUUAGUUAUAGCGCAAGUGCCUUAGUCUGCUGCAGAUUCUAGGUCGUCCAGCAGCCCUUCAGUACGGCACUGGUUUGUGUAAGAGUCAUUUUAAGGGUAACACAACUCCUGAGUGCCUGUUCUCCCAUUUUAAACAGUGCCUUCUGCCUCUCGCUGUGCCAGGGCUCGUCAUCUAGGCUCAGCCUUCUGCCUCUCGCUGUGCCAGGGCUCGUCAUCUAGGCUCAGCCUUCUGGGCUUUCACUUGGCAGUUCACAAACCCCUUCUUAACAGUGAUAACUUUUAAAGGGACAUUCUAGUCAUUUAUUUUACUCCUAUGUGCUUACUUCCUUUUGGCAAGACUUCUAACUUCUUAAAAUGCUCCAUUUCAGAAGAGAAUACAGCAGCCAAUCAGGAUCUAGCAUACUUGUGUAUACUCCAGUCGUUGUAUGUGAAAAAGAUGCAUAGAUUACAAAAGGGCUCACAAUUUUUUUUUUUCAUCAAUGAUAGGAAAUUGCUAAAUUAAGGGUUAGGUUAUGAGUUGCGCACGGGUUUAUUGUGGCUCUUUGCGCACGUAUCACAGGCUGAACGUAAACGCUUCAUUUGAGAGCAAUUUAAUUUAAUACACGUCGGGAUAGUGUGAUGUCGGAGCUCUGGUUAACAAAAAUGUUGCACAAAACACAAUUGAAUUUAAAAGUACAGUUACACUAACAAUAACACUAAUAAAAAUGAUUUAAAAAAAAAUAUUGCACAAAAAAAGUUAUAAAGGCUCAAAGAUAUGAGGUCUCAGGUGUUAGAAAAAAUAGGCUGCUAAGGGCUUUAACAUAGAGAUACAUAAAUAUACAUGUCUACAUAUGUAUGUAUGUAUAUAUAUAUAUAUAUAUAUAUAUAUAUAUAUAUAUAUAAAUGUGUGUGUUUAUAUGUGUGUACAUAUGUAUUUAUAGGUGUAUAUAUAUGUGUACAUAUGUAUUUAUAGGUGUAUAUAUGUGUGUACAGUAUAUGUAUACACAUAAA